AUGGUGUCCCACGUGUCGGCGAUCGUUCUGGCCGCGUCUCCCCCGUGGGAACUUCGGGCGUUGGUGCUCAAGAGAAGAUACGCCCGCAUGAGAGUGUGGGACCCGGGAGAGGACUCGGCCGAGCAGGCAGCUCCGGACGACCUAGGAACCGUCGAGGAGGACGCGUGGGACCAGUGGCGAUUCCAGCUGAUCAACGAGAGAGGCGAACACAGAGGCGCGGAGGCGGUCCUCCCAAAUCGGGAGACAUGGAGAAGCCGCCGCGACCUCCCGCUAACCUAUAGGAUGACCCAGGUACUCACAAGACACGGCGUGUUCGGCGAGUAUCUGAUGAAAAUCGGACGGGAGACGACGGAGAUCUGUCACCACUGCGGAGAGGGCAGGGACACGGCGCAGCACACGCUGGAGUUUUGUCCGGCGUGGGAGGUGUCCUACUACACCCUGCGGCACGCCAUUGGCGAGAGAUUGGCCCCCUUGGCGAUCAUAGAAACGAUGCUGAGGGGACCACAGGAAUAUGAGGCUGUCCGCCUCUUCUGCGAACGAGUUAUGCUCGCAAAGGAGCAAGAAGUAUGUUGUAUUGCAUGUCAGCUGAGGUACUAG